GGCAUGAGGUAACUAUUUUCUUUCCCAGUUUUUCAGCAACAGAAACUCAUUUGAAGACCAGAAGUGAAAAUGAACGUUUCCGGGACAAAGAUCCUUCCUCGCAGAGAGGAGAUUUGGUCGUUCAGGCAAGAGAUCUAAAGAGCUGUGUAGCUGGGGUCGAUUCUGAUUACUCUUUAGAGCGCGAUUAUCUGAAAACUGUAGUCCAGACUGAGAAAUCAAAAGGAAAGAGGGCAAUGGCGACUCACUUUACAAGAAAACUACCUGGAUGUAUCCACAUAAAUUUUCAGGAAUCAAACUCCGUUCGAAGGCGACUUUGCUUUUUCUUUAGCCUCUGGGUGUGUCUCAGCUGUGUUCCUGGCCUGGCAGAAGCCUUGAAAGUAAGCAUGCCGUUUCGGAAGACAGCAGUCUUGGGUACAAAUGUGACACUUCAGUGUAAAAUCUCUGACUACGCUCCUCCAGAACUGGAUAUAAAAAAAUCAAUAUUCAUCUGGUAUUUGGAGACAUCUGAAAGGAAUAAAAUAGAAAAACUUUAUUCAGUUGUUGCUGGAGAACAUUUUUCAAAUAGAGAUGGUUCAAGACUGGAUACAAUUCAAUUAAAAAAUGGAAAUGCCUCCCUUUUCCUUCCACAAAUACAGCUUCAUGAAGAGGGCAAAUAUAUAUGCGUUGUGAUUGUUGCUUCUGCUAAAGUUGAAGGAGCCACCAUUUUAGAUCUAGUUGUUGAACCAACUGUCCAACUGUUUCCCAAGGAACUUGAAAUUGAAAAAGGAAGUGUAAAGACACUGACAUGCACAGUGAAUAAAUUCUAUCCUGAUUCAAUUGUCAUUCUUUGGCAAAAGCGUUCUAAGCAUACGUCGGAUAAAAGUGUACUUGUAGAGGAUAUUUACAUGGGAUCAUCUGUGAGAAAUGAUGAUGGUACUUACAACAUCACCAGUAAACUGAGACUUCAACCAUCUUCACAAGAUCAAGGAAACGUCUAUAAUUGUAUUGUGAAGCAUAAGUCAUUUGCCAGCUAUCCAGUCUACAGUGUGACUUUAACAGUAACAGAACCUCACUCGACUACUCAGUUAAUAAUUGGGUUGGUUUUAGGCUUCCUUUUUUUUAUGGCUGGAUUGCUUCUGUACUUUGUAUUUUUCCAGGAACACCCACCAUCUGUGCAAAUAGUUGGAAGUGAGGAACUGAAGCAUUUGGAAAAAACAGAAUUGCAAUGCUUGAUUACACACUUUCGACCCAAGGCUUUGCAGGUAGACCUCUUCUUAGUAACUGAAUCUCAGAAUCCAAAACGGAAAAUAGCCUCUUGGAAUACAGUAUCAGUUGAAAAACCUACAGAAGAUGAUGAAAAUUUUCCUUUCCUUGGGAACUUGGAGGACAUGUUUCAAGUUAAAACAGAGUUGAAAUCAAAAUCAAAAAACGUCUAUGACUUCCAGGGGGAAAUCUGCAUAAAUCCAGAUAUACGGAAGCUGAAGAAAUUUGAACUUUUAUUAGAAGUUAAACAUAAGGGGUUUCAUCAUGGACCGUAUACUAAGGAAAAAUCAUUUAAAGUCAUAGCCGUACCUAGACUUCAUAAAGUUCGUUGUUCCACGACUGUGCCAAGAUCAAAUAAGUCGCUCACUCUGAGUUGCAAAAUUCAUUCUUAUUUUCCGGAAACUCUUGAAGUCUGUUGGAAUAAGGAGGGUGAAAUUCUAGACAGUUCCUUUUCAACGCCACCCACAAAAGGUGUUAACGGGCUUUACUUUUGCAUCAGCAAGAUCCACUAUUGCCCCCAAGUGGAAGAUUCUGGAAAGAGGUUUGUCUGCAGAGCUAAGCUGGAAGGAUCACAAACAUACAAAGAAUCUGCAUGGCAGAUGAACGCUGUGGUUCUGGCCCCCAAAGUUGACAAAAUAGAAUGUAAGCCCCCUGUACCUGAGUGUGGGAAAUCCAUCACAUUGAGUUGCUUAUUGACAGAAUACUAUCCACCUGAGUGUGACAUUUAUUGGAAAAAGGGCUUUGAAGAGAUCCCGGAUGCUACAAUUAAAACAGAGGAACCCUGGUUGGACAGAAUGCCAAAGCUGUACUCCAGGACAAGUGAAAUAACUUUUACACCCAGUGCAGAAGACCAUGAAGUAGAAUUCUUUGUUGGAAUAAAUCAUUGCAAGAACAUUUUACGGGAGGGAUAUACAGUCAUGUUGAAAGAUUUUCCCAAACUUUCAAAUAUUGUUAUUGAACCAAGUGAUGCAGAAUAUGGAGAAAGUGUAAAUUUAACUUGUGAAGUCACAGAUUUCAAUCCUAAAAACAUUUGUACUCAGUGGUUCUUGGGAGAUAAUUCACUAAGGAACGGUGUGGUCACAGAGGAUUUAGAUAUGGCCUGUAAUGGUUGUUACAAAUUAACUUCCGUGUUUGAACUAAGAGCUACCGCUUCAGUUUGUGAUAAGACCAUUUGUUUCAGAGUGAGUCAUGCAAGUUUGGCAAAACCUAUUACAAGAGAAGUGUAUCUAAAACUUCCAGUCAAACGGCCCAUUUUGUCUGAAAUAAAGGCGACCCCAGAUCAUCAGAAUGUUUUUGAAAUUUCUAUAUCACAAUUUGCACCUCCUGAUAUACAAGUCAGAUGGUACCAAGGCUGGAGACAAAUUUCUGAAAAUAUCAAUCCCAGGAAUAUUGAGAUUGGAAAAGAUCACUUAUGUUAUUUUGUUAGUAAAGUACACUUAGAUGCCCAAACACUGGCCUUUGGGAAUACAAUACGAUGUGAAGUUAAACAUUCAACAUCUACUGAGGAUAAAAGCUUAACACUGAAUCCAACAAGUAAGUUGAAUACCUAUAUAAAAUACUUUAUUUACUGAAGGAGUAUCCAGACCAUUGACUAUUUUCCAACAACUGAAUGUGUAGUUGUCUCCCAAUUGUUGUAAUGGAUCCAAAAUUCUCUCUCAAUAAAUAAUAACAAUGGAAAGAGAAAAACUGUAGUGUAAGCAGUGUUAGCUUUAUAAAGAAAAGGGCUCUGUAGUGGCCUAUUAGUCACUCCACCCUAGACAUUACUGAGCGAAAGCAAGUCAUUUGCUGUAUCUACUUAUUCAGGCUGUUGAUAACUGUGACCCACAUCAGUGUUACAUUUUUUUGGUCUCAGUACCCCUUCCUACCUUUAAAAGUUAUGGAGAACCUUAAAAGUGCUUUUGUUUAUAUGGGUUAUAUAUAUCAAUAUUUAUCCUAUUGAAAAUUAAAAUUGAUACAGUCACUGCCACUAAUGUUUCUCAUAGAUAUUUGAUGGGAUUUUUAUAUUGUUUUAUUUUUCAACAUGGGCUGGCAAAUAAUUUUGAAUUGGCAGACCUCUGAGAGGGUUUGGUUGGGACUCCUAUGGGUCUUUGAGCCACCUUUUGAUAGGUACUGACCAAGAUGCUAA